GGCUCCCGUGCCGGUUGCCGAGCCAUGGGCAUGAGGAGCUCCACCAUGAAACUGAAGACGGGGUCGUUUCUGUGGUGCCUGUACCUGGACAAGCUCUACUGCCUGCUGUCCGUGAGGAACGUCAAGGCCCUGGUGGAGUACUUCCGCCUCCUCGACGCGCACCGCAACCACACCCUGAACGAUGUGCUGUUCUACCACUUCCUUCAUCACGUGACCAACUGGAAGAGGAAACAGAUCAUGAGUGUGUUCAACAUGCUGGACUGGGAGGCGGUGGGCGAGAUCGGUUUUGACCAGUUCUACAUGCUGGUGUGCAUACUGCUGGCACACGAGAACCACUUGGAAGAGCAGUUUAUCUUCCGCCAUUCCCGGCCGGUGUUUGAGCUGCUGGACCUGGAUGGGGAGCUGAGAAUUGGGGCGGAGAGCUUCCAAAAGUACGACUUUCUCUUCAACAUUAAAAAACACGAACUCCGAGAGUUCUACCGCGACUUUGACAUCACCGGUGACUGUCACCUGAAUUACAAGGAAUUUAAGCUGUUUACUAUCUCCACCAUGGACAAGUACCAGGAGAGGCAGAAAGCAGAGAAUGAGAACGAGGAACGGAAGGCUCUGCUCAUAGAAGAACAUGCCACAUAAAGUUAAUGGGAAGGCAAGAGAGAAACUUCUUGAAAGAAAUUAAUCUGAAAAUACAAUAUAAGUAAUUAUGACUGUUAGCAUGUUUCAAAAUAAAUGUGAACACCAAA